GCGAGACUGUUGAGGGCUGCGUGGUCAUUAUUAAUGCGCAGGGGGGGUCUGGCCGCGAGCUGAAUUACAGGAAAGCAAAGUGAAAAAUUAAAGGAAGGAAAAGAAUAGCGGGCCCGCUUGCGAGCCCCAGAGAGAUGUGACGCAAGCAGCGGAAUUAUGAAAUUGUUCGCGUAGAGAGAAGAAGAAUAAUAAGAAUAAGAACGAGGAGUGCGCGACAUCUCCCUCCUCGCGAGCCAAUUCUCUGCCAGGAUUCGACACGUCGCAAAGCCCCACAAGGGGCUUGCCCGCGUCCCCUGGUUUUUGCCCGAGCCAGCGAGCGCACCCUGCAAUUGGCAAUUCCGUCCGCAAUUAGCACCUGUCAGAGGGUGACAGACGAUACGAUGACCCAGGGAUUCUGGAACUCGUACAAAAGCAAGAUCGCAAGGGUCUUGUCCGAGAAUGAGGACAGCAUGGAAGAGAACGAACCUCCUCCUCCUCCCGAGAAGGUCAACGACGGGAAGCUCCUGGAGGACGUGUCCACCUCGGUCACUCAGCUCGCCUCGAAGGUGCACGGGGUGAGCGUGCGUGGAUGGAAGGACGUCACCUCGCUCUUCUCGCCCAAAUACGGAGACCACGAACGGCUGACGGAGAACGAGGAGCCAGAAUCCACGCGCGUCGACGAGAGGGAAGAGGAGCGGCCGCCGGUGAAGGAGGAAGAGGAGGAGGAGAGACCCAGCGAGAAGCCCGACUUCUGGGGCGCGCUGCUCAAGCGGCAGAGCAGCGUCACGCGCUCCACCCAGGCCGCCAGCCCCUUCCCGGGCUGGGGGCCGCAGCUGAACGCCGGCGGCGCGGGCCUCUGCGGUGACCACGGCGGCACAGAGGUCGCGGCCGCGGGGGGGCAGCCCAGCGAGGGGGCACUAGCGGAGUCUGCGGGCAGGGCGGGCGAGCACAGAGACCAGCCACCAGCGUCCGGACUCAAGGCCCUGAAGGCGACGCUGUUUUCUCACCGCCUGGGCGACCACGAGCGACUCACGAACAACGAGGGCCCACAGGCCACCGCGAUCGCGGACGAUCACUCGGAGAAGGCCGAGAAGGGCGACUUCUGGGGGACCUUUCUGCGCAAGCACCUCAGCCCCGUGCGACCGCCCGCCAGCCCCUUCGCCGACUGGGGUGGGGGUCCUUCCGUCGCCAACGAGGCCGAUGCCGACGACGCCGCCGCCGCAGAAACCGUCCCCACGGACGCCGCCCUCGGGGACCAGGGCGAGCUGCAGGGUUCGUUCGGGGCGUCCGGCGGACAGUCGGACGCACUCGAGCAAUCGUUCAGCUGAGCGAUUGUGGCGAGAGGAAACACCUGGGGGGGCAGAGGGGGGGGGGCACACGGGGAAUUGAGAAAUGUCCUGAGGAAGAGACCGGUGGCGUCGCUAGGUUAAAGCAAAAGCAAGCGAAAGCUGAGCGCCCCCAAGCAGCUCAAGGAGUUAAUACAAAAUAUACAUAAAUAAAAACUUGCGUCGGGUGGUGGAGGGUCUUACGACAGAAAUGUUGCCAGAUCAUUUAUGUGGCCCAAUCCAAAGAAAACAAUCAAUCUGUUAUCGAUACAAAAAAGUGUGCACUAAAUUUCAGCCUGGGUUCAAAUGCUGAUAUAGUAAUUGGGUGAAACACACUUGCUGUAUUGCCAUCUUCUGGCCACGUUGCAGCUCAGCAGGAUUGAGAGAUUCACAAAGCAGUAGUGGUCCACCAACCCUGGCCUCCAAAGUGAUGGAUUACUGGCAUACACCACCACACUUGGCUCAAUGACAACGUAAGCCAACACAUUGAUAAAAUGUUACUUAGAUGUUGUUGUUGUUUUGGUUUUCGACGGAAUUUAAACUACUUAAGAAGUUGGGCAAAGCCAUAAGUCACUGCGCUACAUUUCUGCAGCAACAUUCGACGUCACCGCUAUCCUCAGCAUGGUUUUCAACUCCCCCGUGCUGGUUACAUCGUGUGUGAGAAUUAUCAUGAAAAAAUGCGCUUAUAAUUGACAUCAUCAUCAUAGUAUCAGCUUAUUAUUUCAUACAUAGCAAUUUGUUAAUACUCUAGCUUAAAUGUUGAAGUGCAUAAACUAUGCAAAAGGCAUCAAUUUCCGGUACAAUUUUUUUCCUGUAUUUUUAAAACCAACGCUGGGGGUGCGUCUGAAAGUCCACCACGUGGCCUCGAUUGCCAGGACAGCCGCUUCAACCUUUCACACGAGUGACCAGAUUAGAAUACACUUGAUCAAUUACAGUCAACAGCGUCAUUGCCACCACACAGCCCCUUCCACCACCGCCGUAUUUUCCAAGACACAAGCUUUACUUGCUUUUGGCAGCAUCCGCUCCACACCUCACCACUUGAUGUGUGACACCCCUGUUUCCCACUCUCUCGCAUUGUCCGUGUUUUUGCGAGAUUGAUUGGGGGGGUUUUUUCUCCUCCUUUUCAAAACGAUACCAAAGUUUGUUGUGAGUCUUAAUUUCCGGCAUCUCUUAUAAUCUAGAGAAUGUGGUUAUGUAAAUUAUUGAUGUUAUUUAACCAGGCGAGAGCCCGGGGAAGAGUUGUUAUCGCCAAUGCGAUAGGAGAUGAGAACGGUGAAAACGGUUGGGCUACGUACGGUGCGAAAGAAGUUCAACGUACAUACAAAUAAGGGAACUGGCAGUUGAGAGGUGAGUGAUUAUGGAGUUUGAUAGUGGUAUAUUGACUAUCAUUUGGUAUGCAGUUAUGUGUGUGUGUGAAAUCGACUUGUGUUGCUGAAACAGCAGAAAACGUACGAAUCCCAGAUACAUCUGGAUACAAUCCAGACUCGCAAGAUCUGGGUCCCAGUGCCUUGCAUAAGUUUCCUUAAACCAGUGGUUUUUAACCUUUACUGCAGCCUUGCACCCCUUUGGUUCUGAAUCGUUAAAAAAAACAUUGUAUCAUGUUAAUAAAUACACAGGGGUUUGAUAAGACAAAGUAAGUUGUACUUACAUGCCCGUGCUCGAUUUGUGUUUUCGAUGAUUUACCUUCGAAAAAAAUCCGGCCACGUCUCGCACCCUCCAGAACAGGCAUCUCGCACCCCCAGGGGGUGCAGGGGGGUGCACCCCAGCUUAAGACGAAGAACCACUGCCUUGGAUGAAGAAUCACUUUCUGCAAUCGUGAUUUCUCUCUCUCGUGACAAUUAAGUGACGUGUGCUGUGAGUGAGUGGUCCGAGUAGUGAAACGAAUCACGGCGGGACUUUGUACCACGAAUUUUUACCAGAUUCAUGGGAACAUUGAAAGGCUUAUGAGAAGUGAACACGUUGCGAGCGUUUUGUUGCUGCACGAUCACUAUUUCAGUGCACUACGAUGUCAAAUUGGGGCCUAUCGCAAGGCAGUUCGGCAUGGUCCUUCGACAGACAGCACGAGAUGAACACGAUUGACACUUUCAUCACGUCACGCCACCGACUUUCCGAUCACGCCCUCAUACGAAGGAGCGGCGCUGACGUGUGGUUAUUGUACAUUUGUAACACUUGCACUAAAGGAGGAGGACGUGGUGGUGGUGGUGAUGAUGAUGAGACACGGGGCAUGUUACACGGUGGUGGAGAUGGCUUUCACGGUAAAGUAUCGAACACUGAAUGCGCUUUGACCACGUUGAGCAGUCGUGCCACGCGGUUGACAUGGCCACUGGGUGCAAGGAUCGUGAUGUGGGGGGGGGGGGGGGGUUCCCUGUCCAAUUUCCCACCUUUCCGUAGUCCGGCUCCUGCCCUACUGUGGCUAGUGAGCCCCGAUGUGCAGUUGCACCGCCUGCACACUUACACCACUGGCUCCACUCGUGCCUUCACCUGCGGUGGCACCAACGUGUACCCUGACCUAUGAACCCUCUACCGUGUCGUCCUGUUCUUCAGAAGUUAAUUUGAUUUCUCCUUCAGUGGAGCCAGAUGAUGUAAAUGUCGUGCUGGUGUCUGCCGUUACGGUGAGUGCUGCGUCAAGGUGUGCCUGUGGUGGUGUGUUACUGAUUAAACUUCUAUGCAGUUGG